AUGCAAAUUGUUACUUGUUUGUAACUAGAGUAGCUGUAAGUUGUGUGUAGAACAACUUUCGAUACAACCAACAACUCACACUUGUUUAUGCAGAAAGCUGCAGUGUAAACACUGCUCCGAAUUACGAUUCAUAUUAAAUUUACGUUUUUGGAAUCUCAAUUGAUUAACGAACGUUAAAGUAGACGGAUAUCGAUUUUUUUGAUUCUGGGCAUUUUACGAGGAUUUUCGAUAUUAAAUGACUAUUUAUAGAUGCUCAUUUUUUUUACAUAAAUAAAAGGCUUCUUUAUUUGCAUAAUUUGAAACUGUGAUUUCCUGUGAUCAUUCAGUCUUCAUCGCUACACGAUUACUUUUUUCGCAACAUACGAUUGUAUCGUGUCGUCGAUACUGAAACUUUGUUCAUCUUUUUUCAUUUUCUUUAUUUCUAUCUUUUGAUACCUUGCAUUAACCUUUGAUCGCAUAUUUCCGUUUUUACUAUCCUGUUUGGUUAGCAUCCGUAUACUAGCAUUCUAAUUUAUUACUAACCCUUUUCCACCCGUUUUACUGCUUCAUUAUAUAGAAUGGAAAAAGAGGAAGUCAAUGACUUCGACCAUGACUCUAUUCUCUUAGAAGGCGCCAACGUGAUUCCUAGACGAAGACGCGUAACGCGUGCAUGUGAUAAAUGUAGGAAGAAAAAGGUAAAGUGUGAUGGCAUGCGUCCUUGUAAAAAUUGCAGACUUGGACGAGCUGAAUGUACAUUUAAAAUGCCUUCCACUCGUAAAUCUUCCCAUUCUCCUGAAUACCUUGAAAACUUAGAAUCCCGCAUCAGAUAUCUGGAAAACCUUUUAAGAAAACACUCUUCUGUUGACUUAUCCACAAGUUCUCCAAAUUUUCUGCUGUAUUUGCGAGAACAUAAGUUUCAAGCAGCAAACGAAUUAGAGCUCGGAGAAAAUCAUAAACGUCUCAUGUUUCAAUCUGCAAUCGAAUCUAGUGGUUUAUAUAAUGACAUUGCUACAGGAAAGCGGUAUUUCCGUGGCAGUACCUCCGUUUUCGUCUUCGUACAUCGACUCAUCAAAAACUUGUCCAGUGAUUUGGAGAUAGGAAAUCCUUACGUGGCCUGUCCUAUGAGCAGCCGAACCCGGCGUCCAGAUUAUUCCACUCCAGAAUCACAAUUUUUCAACUUUUGUCCGCGUUUUAGUUUAAAUUUCUUGGUGACGAGUGUAGACCCUGGUAAGGUGCCGCUUCCUCCAAUUGAAAUCGCUCUUCAGAUUACUAAAACUGCUCUUUCGAAUGUAACAGAUUUAUUAUUUUUUGACUGUCCCAGUGAUAUAUUCAGUAGGAUAAAGUUGCUUUACAGAGGUGACUACCAAACCAACUUUUUGGCAUUCUUUUGUGCUUUAUUAAGCAACGGUUAUUAUCAUAUGUUGCAGAACGAUCCAAAUAAUCUAGAAACUCAAGGAAUGGCAAAAAAAUACAAUUUUUAUAGUGAACGUCUAGUUGAUUCUAUCGAUGAUUAUUCUUUGGACAGCGUACAGUGUCUUCUAACUUUGAGUAAUUACCGCUAUUGCCGUGCGGAGAUAGGAGCCGGCUAUUAUUAUCAAAAGCUGGCAUUAAGUUGUUCCCUUAAACUUGGUCUACACAGAAAUAUUAUUGUCGGUUUCACUCCUGAACAAAUAGAAGCUCGCAAGCGAGUUUUUUGGGUAAUAUAUUGUCAUGAUCGACAUUACGCUACGCUCUUUGGAUUCCCUCUUGGAAUUUCUGAUGAGGAUAUUGAUCAGUUACAGCCUAAAAACACCUCGAUUCAGUUCAUUGAAGGCUAUCAAGUCAGAGCAAGUGACUUCUUAUUUCAUGGUAUCCGACUUUACAAAAUUGUUAGUGGUAUCCUUAGCAAGUUAUAUUUGAUUGGAAAUAGAAUUACUAGUAAGAGAACGGUUUCCUAUAUGGUUAUUAUUGAAUUAGAACAAGCCAUGGAUAGGUUUUACAAUUCGCUUCCUAGAAGCUUCAAAACUGAACAGCCCGGCCAAGUUCCCGAGAAUCGUCAUAUGUACAGCCUUAUGUUAACAUAUUACUAUUUUCGAAUGCUCUUGUAUCGUCCUUUGCUUCAUUAUUUGGAAGCUAACAGCUCGGCGAUGCAAGCUUUAAAGGUUUCAGAACGACAAAUCGCUUUUACUUUGGCUUGUAAAUGUUUGGAUUCGGCUAUUGUUUGCAUACAAAAUCUUGACUGUUUAACAGAUGCCUUGAUACAAAGCAAUAAUCGUUACUACUGGACUACAGUGUUUUAUGGAUUUAACACCAUUCUCACCCUGAUGUAUGCUACGUUAUUAACGAAAAACAGAAAUCUCCUUGUUCAAUUGACUGUUGGGAGAAAUUCAUUAAAAACAUUAGCGAACGAUUGGCUAACUAGGCAAUUAAUACCCAUUAUGGAUGAGCUGUUGGCAAAAUUGAAUAUGGAAUUGGAGAUAUCAGAACAAAAGAAACGAAAUGAAAAUAAUAUGGGGUCAGAAACUUUUCAGUCACCAAAUAUACUUGAAUAUCAAAAGAAUUCGUCAGAAAACAAAUCAAAUCGAGCCUUUGGUAACUUUCAAGAAGGUAUAAGCCCUUCUGUGAAUAGUGGUAAUGUUAAAUCGUUCGAUAAUACAAACUUGGGUGAAGUACCUUACAAACAAUAUAUGGUUUCUGAUGAGGAACUCGUUGACUUCCUUGCUCUUUCUAGUAUGUUGAAUUAUCAUACGCAUGCCAGAAAAGUUUACCAUCCAUCAUUUUACAUUACCAGAAGUGAUGCCCAUUUAGAUGAAGAGGCAGGGGGAGAACCAGACGUAUUGUUAUACGGUAAUAAUGAUAUGUCUACGAACGAACAUUUUCCGUUUUGGGAUAAUUUUCUUGGUGAAGAUGCCGAACAAACCUCUGAGCAAAGAGAGGGGAAAGUUGAGAAUAGUCAGUCUUUCCGACCUUCCUCAACGAUGCUCGACCCAGCGAUGAUUCUAAAUCAGUUAUCUCAUAAUUCAUGAUCCUAAUGUUAUUUGUAAAGUAUAGAGUUGUAAUUAGUUCUAAUAAUUAUAGGUGCUGACUUGAGUUAGCUUCAGUCGACAACAUGAUAUACAGCAGUAUAAGUUGGUUGUAUCAAUGCCGAAGUUAAACUUAACGGCAAAAAUGUGAAUAUAAGGCAAAAGACAGUAAAAUAUUUUAGCGAUUAGAAUAUGGAUAUGGUAAAAGAAUAGUUUAAGCGUUCG